AUGGGGCCAUUCCCCACAUCCAAAGGAAACAAGUACAUUCUCGUGGCGGUGGAUUAUGUGUCAAAAUGGGCGGAGGCGCAGGCUUUACCUACAAAUGACGGACGGGUAGUGGUACGGUUCUUGAAAAGACUAUUCUCCCGGUUUGGUGUUCCAAAGGCCCUAAUUAGUGACCGUGGCACACACUUUGCCAAUGAUCAAUUGGACAAGGUGCUCAAGAAAUAUGGGGUGACCCAUAAGUUCUCCACAUCAUACCACCCGCAAACGAGUGGGCAAACGGAAGUUACCAAUCGAGCUUUGAAGCGUAUCUUGGAGAAGUCGGUGGGAAGCAAUCGCAAGGAAUGGUUAGUUUAUGGAAAGCAAUGCCAUUUACCGGUUGAAAUCGAGCACAAGGCAUAUUGGGCGCUAAAAAGAUGCAACUUUGACAUGGAAGAAUUGAAGACCAACCGUUUAAUGCAAAUGAAUGCCCUUGAAGAACUCCGGAAUGAGGCCUAUUCUAGUUCAUGGCUCUAUAAAGAAAAGACCAAGAGAUGGCAUGACCAAAGAAUCAAAAGCAAAGACAUCCAUGAAGGCCAAAAAGUACUACUCUUCAAUUCCCGUCUAAAACUUUUCUCGGGCAAACUCAAAUCAAGGUGGGAUGGUCCAUUUGUGGUUAAGACGGUGUUUCCUCAUGGGGCUAUUGAAUUGAUCUCAAGAGAUGGCACGCCAUUUAAAGUCAAUGGCCAUCGAGUGAAGAAAUAUGAAGAAGGAGUCCCCCGCAAUGAAGGAAUGGAGGAGCUCCUGCUGUGCGGAAUUGCAAAAACAUAG